GAUGCCUGGGUUCCCUCCCUGCUGGGGGGUUGAUAGUGGGAUGUUGGGGACCCAAUGGGCUAGACCAACCCAGGUCACCUGCAACUCUGGGCCCUUGGGGGUGGCAGCAGGGCAGGCACCUUCCCCACAGGAGGGGCAGUGCCCACAUCCAGCGUGUGGUUCCCCAUGGCUCCCUUGGGUGGGUCUGGCACCAAGAGGAGCCACCACCGGGUUCGCUGGCAAGACAGAGAAUUGGCCUAGAGCAGAAUCGAAUCCCAUGGCUCUGUUUGCUUAGAAGGGAUCCACCAGAUCUUUGGCCCUCAUGGUGGCGGAGCUAAGCCAUCCAGCUCUUUGGGUUGGCACCCUUCAACCCUUGAAUGCUCCUGCCACUGACCAAUCUGGAGCAUGGCACAGCCGAGUUCCCCAUCACAAUUGGUCUUGGGGUCAGUUCUUGGAGGCCAGAUUCCUCUGUGUCUUCUCCUCAUGAAGGCCUCUGUGUUUGAGCGGCUUCUCAGUGUUCCCAGUUAAGCUAAUGAGUAUUGGGGACGGGAAGAAGACGGGAACAUGGUUCUUCGGUGUAUUGUAGGCCUCCCACUCCUCCUUUCUAGGAGAGCUAGAGGACUUGUAUCAGCCUAGAGCAGGGGGUCAAACUCAUUGGGGCCAGCUGACCUGUCUGCACGGACAGUUGGGGUGGCCAGGCCUUCUGAAGGCCAUGUCCCAUUACUGCAUGCCCAUUAUUUCCUGUCCCAUUCCUUGCUCAAGAGAGAGCCAUCUUCGCAGGAAUCAUUCCCAAGAUGGUGGCCGGCUCCCAAGAUGGCCUCUUGAGUGCUGGGGAGCAGCCACAAGAUGGCAACUGAGCAGUGACGGAGAGCGUCGCGGGACAGAGGCAUCACCGAGCCCAACCAUGGGGGUAGACAGAGGGGUUGGAUGGUGGUGAUGGACCAGCUUCACUUGCCUGGUCUUGGUGUCCCCAGGAAGACGUGGGGCUAAAACGCUUGAGCUUAGGACCCCAAUACUGCAGUGACUUCCCGGCACCAGAGGACCCCAGCCUGCCCCCCAGUGGUGGGCCCAGCCAUGCCACCCAACAAGGCCUCCCCAGGCCAUGCGGGGACGCCAAGCGCCCUCAUCUGCCUGCCACCUGUCUCUGAGGACCUGCUAGUGGUGUGGACAGAGGCUUCCCAGACCAGCGACCUGGACGCUCACCAACCACUGCUGCAGGCCUUCAGCCGCUUUCCCUACCCCAGCCUGGCCGACAUGGCACUGCUGUGUCUCCGGCACAGCCUCAAGAUGGAGAAAGUGAAGGCCUGGUUCAUGGCCCAGCGUCUGCGCUGCGGCAUCAGCUGGAGCCCUGAGGAGAUCGAGGCCACCCGAGUCCGCCUGGCUGUCCACUGGGACCAGAUGCCCUUCAGGGCGCUACUCGCCAGCCGGGACCCCCUGGCACAGGCUGGCAAGAGCCAAGGGGCUUCUGUGCCUACCCCCAGCAAAGCCCAGGAGAGCUGGGUGACCUCAGUGGUCCAGACCCCAGGGGCAGCUUCCAUGGUUUCCCCCUACCAAGCCCAUGAGAUCCAGGUGACCUCUCCUGUCCAGGCCCCGGGGGCAGCCUCCAUCAUCUCACCUUAUCAAGCCCAGGAGAUCCAGGUGGUAUCUCCUGUCCCAACCCCCACUGGGUCCCGGCACAGAGCCCCCGAGAGCAAGCCACCAACGGGGCCUUCCCUCCAGCCCAGGGUGGAAGCACCGGCUGUGCCACCACCCAGCCUAUAUCCCACGCCGCCACCUGCCUACCGCGCCUGGAUGGAUUUCCCUGCCACCUCCAGCCUCGAUCUCCCUCCACAGGGUGUGGGCACAGCCCCCUGGGACCUCAGCAAGCCCUCCCGGCUCGGGGCCCCUGAUGGUGGGGGACAGUCGGAAGCAGUGCCAACGUCCUCCUCCCCGGCUUCCUCGCGAGGCCCAGCUGUGCCACCAGCCAAUGGGGCCAAGUUAUGGGGUCAGCACCCAAGCCCAGAAGCCCAACAGCAGCAGCAGCAGCCCCGGAAGAUCAAGCGGAAGACAAAGGAGCAGCUGGCCAUGCUCAAGUCCUUCUUCCUGCGAUGCCAGUGGGCGCAGCGAGAGGAUUACUUGUGGCUGGAGCAGGUCACAGGGCUGCCGCGAACUGAGAUCAUCCAGUGGUUUGGGGACACCCGCUAUGCCCUCAAGCAUGGGCAGCUGAAGUGGUUCUGGGACAAUACAAUGCCUGGCUCCGGGCCCCCGGCCCAAGGCUCCGGGCCCACAGCCCAAGGUGCCGAGCCCCCGGCCCAGGCCACCGGGCCCCUGUCCCAGAGCCCCAAGCUGCAGCCAGACACAGCCCCACUGGAGAGCUACUGGGCUGCCCACUGGCAGCUGCGGGAGGUGGACGUGCCAGCGCUGUGCCAGCAGUCGGGGAUGGGGAGAGAGGAGGUGCUGAACUGGUUCUACUCACGCUCCCCUGAACCAGCGGAGGUGGAGGUGUGCUUGGGCGAGGAGGAUGGCGGCGAGGAGGAGGAGGAGGUGAUGGCACCCGACGAAGAGGAAGAGGAGGAGGAGGAGGAUGAGGAGGAGGAGGACGACGAUGACGACGAUGAAGAUGACCUGGUCCUCCAGGAGUGAGGGGCGUUGGUUCCAGAGACCAUUGCUGUGGGGAGAGCGGCAUGGGGGGCCUGGGGCAUCUCCAGAGCUCACAUCCUGUUCAGCCCAGUUUCUCAUGCUCUGGACCCUGGAGGUCCGCCAAUUGCGUGAUCAGGUACCCAGGCCUGUUGCCUUCUUUCAUGCCUCAUCUCUGGUUCUAGAUCCUGUCUCCUUGCCCCUCUCUGUCUCCUGGGAUCCAGAUCUUGACUGCUCCCUUCGGCUUCCCCUCUGGCGCUCCAAGGUCCUGGCUUCUCACGGUGAGGUCUAGAGCAGGAGACCCUGCUCCGCGGUCUUCCAUCUUCUUGAGCCCCUGGCCUUUUUCUCCCUCUUGCUCCAGACCCCGGCUUCCUCCUCCCCUCCGUCUGGACUCAGGUACGUUCCCCUCUCCAGACGUCCCCCGUUCCACCCUCCUCAACGUGCCUCUUUCUAGAGCCAGCCCCCCCCCACACUUUGAAAUGGCUUUAAUAACCAGGCUGAGGUCUAAAACCUCUGAGACACCAGGGGGCAGGGGGGGAAGCCUGUGAAUUUGUGAUGGAGGGCAAGGUCCUCCAGGUUUGGUUUUACAAACCAGGCCUCCUUCCCCCCCCACACCCCAGCUGGGGCAGGGGUGAGAGGGGUGGGCAGAAGAGAGUGAAGGAGGCACAGUGUCUUCCAGUUGUUGGUUAUUACGUUCAGGUCUUUAAUCUGCAGGCGAAUGCCGUGGCACCGUGAGCAACAUACGAUUGGGGAGGGGGGGGCUAGGGAGGGAUUCUCCUUUCUCUCAUCCCUCUGAUUUAUCUUCAUUCUUUUCCCUUCAUCCUCUGUGUGGUUCCUCCACUCUUUUGGCUUUUCUCUUCUCUCCUUUCUUGUUCCUUCAUAUUUUUCUCCUCUUGUUUCUUUUUCACUCGUUCUCCUCCCUCCUUUCUUGUUUGGUUGAUUUUAUUUUCCUUUGUCACUUGUUUUUUUCAUUCUUCCUUCCUUUGUUGCAUUUUCCCAACAACUGUACUGACUGGGUUGUGCAUGGCUCAGGUUUGAGGUGUGUUGAUUUCCAUCCCUCUCCAAAAAUAAAACAAACAAACAGCCCUCCACCCCCCUCAAACCAAAUAAAACUUUGCUGCACAAAU